AUGGGUGCUGUGGACCUGAAUGAAAUGAUCAUGAUCCGCCUCAAACAAGGUGAUGCAAAGGAGAAAGAGAAGGAAAAGACAGCCAUCCUUGAGAAGCACUGGCAGAUAUUCCCAGUCUUGAAAAGGUUCCUCAAAGAUAAAGAUCACGGACAAGAUUUUCUGGUUGGAAAUCAGCUCAGCAAAGCAGAUGUCCAGGUGCUUGAAGCCAUUUUAGCAACGGAAGAGUUAAAGGCUGAUGUUCUCUCCAAAUUCCCUCUUUUAAAGGCUUAUAAAACGCGAAUAAGCAACAUCCCUACCAUUAAGAAAUUUCUGCAGCCUGGUAGUCCAAGAAAACCACCCCCUGAUGAAAAAACAGUUGCAGAGGCAAUGAAAGUUUUCCACUGAAUUGUUGCUGAAGAUGGUGGAUCGUUCAUUAUUUUAGCUACUGUACAAGGAAAAUGCAAAAAUUGGGAUUAGGCAGUUAUUUUUAAUCAUUCCAAGGUCUACCUACAAUCAUAUAUGGGCACAAGGCCUGAAUAAAUCCACAUAACUGCAUUAUGAAGCUUAAUUAAUAACAGAAUGUCAAGACUGACUGAAGAGAAACUGACAAUACUGUAACAAUAAUGAGUACCAUUAGACUAGCAUGAAAUAAAAUACUCUUCAUCAUUUGUA